AUGUUCUUCGACGCCACCAUUGGCGCAGUGAAGCCGUACGCGCUGGGUGAGAACAGGCAGCAGCAGCGGCAGCGACGGGUGCGGCCGGGGCAAAUCCCGCCUGCGAUGCCACCGUCGGCGCUGACGCGCGACCCGAUGGAAGUCUUUGUUGAGGCGAUGCGCUACCAGCGGCCUGCGUACGGCGUCCACUCCUUCGAUGUGUAG